AAGUGGUCGGCCGGGUAAAGACGGGAGGAUGUUUUACUGAGUGAGUCAGUGACAGGCGCGAGCAAGCUUGUUUCUCGGAAACCGCCGCUACGGGCUUGUAUUUCGGUCAGAUAGUUAAGCGUGGGCAUUACGGUGUUGAUUUUUUAUCCCCAUUUAGCUCUGGAGUGAGAUUAUGCAAUCAUUGAACCGCUAAAAGUAAUAGUUUUACUCGUCGUAACGACGGACAGAGAUAGAUGGUGUUGGUUGUUCGUAAAUAAGAAUGACUACGACAGCCUAAGCAUAUACCAAGAUGAACUGGAUGUGUUUUUGUCUAAAUGUGAUGUUCCUGCUUGAGUCUGUGCUUGGUAUACUCCCUGCGCCAUUGAAUGUGUCUGUUCACUCUGUUAACUUCCUUCACAUCCUGCAUUGGGAUCCUGGGCCUGCCACCCCCCCAGGUGUACAGUACAAGGUCUUUUCAAGGUUAAGCGGAGAAACUGAGAAAAAAACACAGAAUGGCUACAUGACAACCGCAACAUCUUUACAGCUGAAGUUGGACAAAUAUAAAUAUUAUUUUACUGUCCAAGCAUUCUACAAUGGAACCUGGUCUCCAGAGUCUGAAGAAGUCUCCUUCUCUCCAUUUGAACAAACUCUAAUAGGUCCUCCAAAAGUAACGGUGACCGAAUGUGGCAACUGCAUUCAGAUCAACAUAUCCCUGCCAGAGGCUGACAAAAGCUCAGGGAUACCAAACAAUGACAUCAUGGCCAUCUACAAAGCUAAGUUCAGGGUCUUGUGGAAGAAAUCUAAUAAAACUGAGGAGGUUUACAAAACCCAAGCCAGGAGCGUUAAAAUUAACAAUUUGGAGAAAGGCAAACAGUACUGUGUACAGAUUCAAACUGAGAUUACCAUGAAUAAAAAUACUGAGCCAUCAACCUGGGUAUGCACCACCACAUCGAUUGCAGAGUUAGAUAGAGUACCUGUUCUUGGCAUAACUCUUGGGCUUCUGAUAUGUUGCAUUGGUACCUUGAUGACAUUGACAUAUUGUCUGUAUUACACUGGAUUCCUUUGUAAACUUCAAGCAACCCUCCCAAGAGCACUAAUUACGGUCCUCAUGCAUGCCAAAUCUCUGCCAGUAGAGGAAACGAGCCCUGAUCUGAUCUCAGUUUGCUCGGAUACAUUCAAGCAGAAGUACCCUAUCAUCACAUCAUUAUGUCCUACCCCCAGAAUCACCUGUUCAGACGAGGAGGUUGGUGAAGAAGAGGACGAAAAUGAAGGAAGUAAUUUCUAUAUUAACAGAGAUGGUGAAAAAUUAUCAAGGGAAAGUUCCUGUCAUGACUCUUGUAAUGUAUUAAGGACAAGUUUGACUGCAAAGUCACGUGCUGAAGCAGAUAUAUCUGAUAUAUCAUCUGAGACUGUUCCAGCGAAGCGCGAUCAACUCAAAACUGGAGUUGAAAAGGACACUUUUUUGUCUCGGUGGCCAGAAAUGGAAGUCAAGGAGCAACUCAUAUUUGAGUUGGAAGAGGAAAUGGAUGAAAAGACUAUCAACAUGUCUGAAAAUGUCAACCUAUCAUCAGUUACCCUGACUGCCACAGCCAUCCACGAGAAAGGACAAGUAAAUAGUGAAGACGCACAUGCUGAUUCUUUGAGGCUGUCCGAAUGGGAACCUUUAAUGCUCGCAGCCACAAAGCAAAGUUUGCUACACACAGACAUGCCAACAGACUCAGAUGACUUGACAUCAACAGAGUGUACGUGUUUUGGUGAGACCAACUAUGAGCGUGGAUGCGAUGAUCUUGAGACACAAGAUAAGUUGAGGGAAGAACAAUUCUUAGGAUAUAUGGGAAGAUAAUAUGCUUCUGCAACACUGUUGCAUACAUUAAUGACAAAAAACAAAUUGACACUCUUGUUCAUUUUAAAUGCCAGGUCAUGAUUCUAGUAUCAGAGAUUUAGGAGUGCUGCAGAGAGGUUAGUUGGUACUACAAAGACUGGGGAUUUAGGGCAGGGGUCGGCAACUCAAAACAUUUAAAGAGCCAUAUUGGACCAAAAUAGACAAAAUACAAAUAUGUCUGGAGCCGAUAGAAAGCCUUAUAAUGAAGGCAACACAUGCUGUAUGUAUCUAUAUGAGCUAUAUUAGCCUGCCAUUAACAUGACUAAGUUUGGUACAAAUACACAACAAGCAUUCAUUAUUAAAAGUUUUUUUUCCCCUGCAGUUCAUCCUGUAGGGGAAAAACUUUUUGGACGGAAGAUACUUUUCCGAACUUUUCGAACAGCCAACCCCCUGUGAUCGACCCAUUAUCGCACACGCGCCCAUAAGCACACACUUACACACGCAUGCCGUAAUGAGCAACAGCCAGAAUGGCCGCUAUGAUGAAUGAGGCACGGGACGCACUUUCGCAGCGUGCUAACUAUCGUAGCUCACGUGUAGCGUUUAAAACUGUUUCUCUUGGCCGCCCAGAUUCCCAUUCAUAGCAAGUCCCCUCGGUGAAUUGUACAUGAAAGGAGCUGGGGGGGGUUUCAAACAACAGCCCUCUGACUGACAUCCCGCCUUGCUAAUAGAAACGUCUGUACCGUAUAAAAUUGCUUCACUUGGCCGCCCAGAUUCUCAUUCUUAUAUUCUGAAUGGAGCUGUUUUUUUGUUGUUGUUUUUUUUUAACAGCCCCCCGACUGACAUCCCGUGUUGCUAAUAGAAACGUGUGACGCAGGCUAUGAAGCAAAUAUUCGUUGAUGAAAAUGUUGAAUAUUUAAUAUUUAUUCUGACACAUUUUUACAGCAUCGGAAAACGUUAAUAGUGUUUGUGUCAUGUUUGUCCUCUGACAGAAACCAUACUGCAAUAUCUGUUUCUUGUUAUUUGUGUAUUUGAGGGCUGGGUUAGUUGAGUAGGGGUGACGUCAUAGAGAGGAGACGAGCCAGGUUGAGGAGUCAGUCUUGAGUGUGGAGCGCGUGGGCGUGAGUUGUGGCCAGCAGCAGUUCCUGUGAAUGUGUUUUAAUUGCUGCCUCUUUUUGUUUAUUAAAAAGCGAACAGACUGCA